AUGUCGGAUUCGUCUAAAACAGUUGAUAGUGAUGAUGAAUCACUUGAUCCUCGAAUACAAAUCGAAUUAGAACGUGCUAAUGCUGCAACGAGUGAAAUAAAUAAUUUAGAAACUCAAUUAGACAAUGCUCAAAAAUUAUUUCAACUAAGUUUUACUAAUUGUAAACAACGUUUGGCUAAUUAUGCACAAACAUUAGGUCGUUGUGUUGAACGUGCACGACCAUAUUAUAAUGCUUGUAAACAAGCUGAAGAGGCUCAAAUAGAAACACAAAAAGCUGCUCAAGAAUAUCAAAAUUCUGUUGAAUUGUAUUAUACAGCUAAAGAAAAUUUAACUCUUGCUGGAAGUAAACUACCAGAAGAAGAUAAUAUUACAAGACAAGAAUAUAUUAAUCAUAUAACUAUAAAAGUAACGCAAACUGAACAAGAUAAAAUUCAUUGUGAGCAAAUACAUGAAGAAAAAUCUAAACGUUAUCAAGAAUAUGAACAGCAGAGACUAUCACUUUCGCGUUCAUUAACAAGAACAAUUAUGAAGUCAAAACCUUAUUUUGAUGCUAAACUUAAAGCGGAGAAUGAACUUAAAAAUCAAAAACUUCGUAUUGAAGAUGUACAAAAAGCAAUAAGCCAAGCGAAAAAAACAUAUCGUGCAGCAUUAAAUAAUCUUGAACAAAUAUCAGAAGAAAUUCAUAUGAAACGUAAAAAUCAAAUUUCAAUAAAACUUCCACCACGUGAACCCGGUGUUGGCGCUGAACAUCCUGAUGAAUUUAUUGAAUUACCAAAUUUCGAAUUAACUGAAUUUCCUAAAACUGAUCUUUCUGAUGAAUCAUCCGAUAAUGAAGCAAGUACGAAUUGCAUGCAUACAUCAUCUAAUAUUGAUAUAUCUAAAACUCUUUCACCUAUAACAACUAAUAAAUCUAAAACUCAUCUUAGUACACAAACAAUUGCAUGUAGUAAUACUAAACAUGACCAACGACGUCAAAAAAUUGGUAAAAUAAAACCAACACGAAUGAUUAUGAAUAAUGAAACACCAUUGCUUUCACAUCUUUGUGGCACACAUAAAUUUCAUAGUGAUUCAAAUUUAAAUUUAAUAACAAAACAAUAA